AUGGAAGACCAGAUGGAUGACUCAGGGAGAUGGAGUGUGAUGGAGUGGGUGUCAUAUCCAUACAUACCCAAUCCCGAUUUGACUCCUGGACCCUUUCUGCCACCUCCAGAGUUUCACCUCAACCCCUGUCUGUUCCAAUCCCCACCUUUGGAUCUGACCUCACUUCCAUUCCCCCCUGGCUCCCCCUGGCUCCCCCUGCCAAUCUCUGCUAAGAUCCCAUCUUGGUCCCCAACCUCAGACUUUGACCCCACCCUGGCUUAA